CUGGCCCGCCCUCCCGCAACUGCUGGAACCCGGGUUGGGAGUGGGUCUGGAAGGAUUGCGGCGCCUGCCGCCGCGGCUUCAGCACCUAGGGCUAUACCCAGACCAAGCCUGCUCCAGGGAGUCUUCGGCCGCCUCCUCGGGAGGCGCUCACCCGGCCCAGAUGGUGGGUCCGGAGGAUGCCGGAGCCUGCUCGGGAAGAAAUCGCAAGUUGCUCCCUGUGCCGGCGCCCGAGUCGGCGGGCCAGGACGGGAAGACGAUCCGGGCCACGGGCGGCUUUGGCGGAGGCAUCAGCGUUCCGGAGCCGCCGGAGGAGGAGGAGGGGGAGGAAGAGGAGACGCCGCCUCAGCAGCUCCUUCGGCAUUACCUCGCGGCAGCCGGGGGGCAGCUGGAGCCCGGGCUUGGCUACUGUCCGCUCCCUGCCGGCCAGCACUGCUCUCCUCCGUCCUCAGCAGCCCAGCGCUCGGACGCCUGCCCGCGGGAUCUAGGCGCCAAGCACCGAGGUGCGGAGGUGGCAGAUGUCACUGCUCCUCGGCACGGAGGUAUGACCAACGGUGACUCGGGCUUUCUGCUGGGCCAGGACUCUCGCGACGUGGAGGAGUCUCACGGGCUGGCCCGAGCUGGCCUCUGGAAUCCACGCCACCGCCACCUCCACUUGGAGGGGCCUGGCGACGAGGGUGCUGACGGCGCGGGCGGCCGUUCUGACUGGGCCGCUCCGCUGGAGGACCCGCUGCGCAGCUGCUGCUUGGCCGCGGCAGAUGCGGAGGAGAUUGAGGGCUCGGGCUGCAGCGCAGGGGGCAGCACAGUCCUUGGUGGCCGCAGAAGCGAGGACUUGGAGCAUCCUGGAGCUGGAGGUCCCGAGGAAGGUGUGUCCCCCGCCACCUCCAGCGAGAGGACUAGUAGGGGCGCAGACGCCGAGCGGCUCCUCGGCUUCUCCGACGUUCACUUGAAUUCUCGGAACACGUUCGAGGUGAGCCGCUGCCAGAACGACAGCGACCACCUGCCCCCAGUGGGGCCACUGGUGCCCUCGUCCACCUCGGAGCAGGGCCCAGCGGGGACCGCAGCCCGGGUUCGACGGAGUGGCGGCUUCGUGGACUUCUUCGCCAGAAACCUUUUUCUAAAAAGGACAAAGGACCUCAAAUCAGUUGUCCAUAGUGCUCCUGGCUGGAAAUUAUUUGGUAAAGUACCCCCCAGAGAGAAUCUUCAGAAAACUUCUAAAAUUAUUCAGCAGGAAUACGAAGCACGAACAGGGAGGACCUGUAAACCACCACCUCAGUCAUCAAGACGUAAGAAUUUUGAAUUUGAGCCGCUUUCUACCACUGCCCUGAUUCUUGAGGACCGACCAUCAAAUCUUCCUGCCAAAUCUGUGGAAGAAGCUUUACGUCACCGACAAGAAUAUGAUGAGAUGGUGGCUGAGGCUAAAAAACGAGAAAUUAAAGAAGCACACAAAAGGAAAAAAAUAAUGAAAGAACGAUUUAAACAGGAAGAAAAUAUUGCAAAUGCAAUGGUAAUUUGGAUCAAUGAAAUACUGCCCAAUUGGGAAGUAAUGCGUAGUACGAGAAGAGUUCGAGAAUUGUGGUGGCAGGGAUUGCCCCCUAGUGUUCGUGGGAGAGUUUGGAGUCUAGCUGUAGGAAAUGAACUAAAUAUCACUCCUGAACUUUAUGAAAUCUUCUUAUCAAGAGCAAAAGAACGGUGGAAAAGCUUUAGUGAAACAAGUUCAGAGAAUGAUACAGAAGGUGUAUCUGUUGCUGAUCGCGAGGCCAGCCUGGAAUUAAUUAAGUUGGACAUAUCUCGUACAUUUCCAUCUCUCUACAUCUUUCAGAAGGGUGGCCCAUAUCAUGAUGUCUUACAUAGUAUCCUAGGGGCAUAUACAUGUUACAGACCUGAUGUUGGUUAUGUCCAAGGGAUGUCCUUCAUAGCAGCAGUUCUCAUUCUCAAUUUGGAAGAGGCAGAUGCCUUCAUUGCAUUUGCAAAUCUCCUGAAUAAGCCAUGCCAGUUGGCCUUCUUCCGUGUGGAUCACAACAUGAUGUUGAAAUAUUUUGCAACAUUUGAAGUAUUUUUUGAAGAAAAUCUCUCCAAACUAUUUCUUCAUUUCAAAUCUUACAGUCUUACACCCGACAUAUAUUUGAUAGACUGGAUCUUCACUCUAUAUAGCAAAUCACUACCACUUGAUCUGGCAUGUCGAGUCUGGGAUGUAUUUUGCAGAGAUGGGGAGGAAUUUUUAUUUAGGACUGGAUUAGGAAUCCUCCGAUUAUAUGAAGAUAUCCUCCUACAGAUGGAUUUUAUUCAUAUAGCACAAUUUCUAACUAAAUUACCAGAAGAUAUCACAUCAGAAAAGCUGUUCAGCUGUAUUGCUGCCAUUCAGAUGCAAAAUAGCACCAAAAAAUGGACUCAGGUCUUUGCAUCUGUAAUGAAGGAUAUUAAAGAAGGAGACAAGAAUAGUAGUCCUGCUCUGAAAAGCUAAUCUUCAAAAUUAACAGACUAAUUGGAAUAUAAAUGUGUUUUUUGAUGCAAGUUUUUUGUUUCCUAUGUAAAAAGGAUGGAGAAAUCUAAAAGAAUCAAGACAUGGAAAACUGCUGAUUUGGAAGUUCAUGGCUGAAGUAAAUGAAAUAAGUAACCUAUUGACAGUAUUUUAAUAAGAUAGUAUUUUGUAGGCAGAGUCAUUUACAAAGGAAAAAGUUUAAGUGAUUUGGAGUGAACAGUAAUGCAAUAAAAUUUUUUAACAGCUUUGGAGAUACUUCAAAUUUUUAUAGCAUCUUUUCUUUUUUAACAGUUACCAUAAAGGCACUUUGGAGGUCAGAGCAGGAUUGUUAAAUAUUACUCUUUAACUUCCAAAAAACUAUUUGGAAAAAUACCUUAGUACAGAUAUUGUCUAUCUCUAGUUCUGAACUUUUUAAGAUAUUAUAGACCAAAAGUAAGCAACUUUGGUAUAAAUUAUAUGUUACUGAAGUUGUUUAUCUUCAUACACUGAUUGGGGCAAAUUUUGGUUAUCCGGGAACUGGAAAUACUUGGGAAAUUGAUUUGCAUAUGUUUAGAUGUUUUUCUACAAGUAUCUGUCUAUUUGUUUUUGAAGGGAAAUUGUUUUUUUUAUCUUAAGGAAUUCCUAGUACUCGAAGAAUUUUAGACUUUCUGUUUCUAGUCUAAAAAUUGUUCAUCUAUUAAUUUAAAAAGCUAACUAUUUGAAGGAAAGUUCUUUGCACUUUAGAGGACUGAAGACUUGAUUUUAGGAGUAUGUCUACAAAUGUAAAUUAGGUUUUUCAUUGGUAAGAUUAAAAAGUAUGAAUUCUGACAGUUCUUAAAUAGCAUGCUACUUGGCAAGACUUGGAAUUUCUUUCACUGUUUGUAGAAAUAAAAUUUGUUAAUUUCAGUUUGAAAUUUGAAAUCUUAAUAUGUAGCCAAGUCCAUGACUUGUAAAAUACUGUGCAUAAUUUUCUAAUCAAUGAAAAUAAGAGUAAGAGAAAAGGAUACAAUGAACUUUUUUUGUAAUGAGUCUAAUCUUGAUGGUAUAGUAGAUAAAGAGAUUAUUAAUUAUUGGUAAAUUGACAUUAAAUUUAUUAUAAUAUGUUUCAUUUUUAAACCUAAAAUAAAUCACUUUAGUAUUAUGAGUGAUGUCUAUAUAACAUGCUGUUUGGUUAAUAAUUAGAUUUGUAGUGUGCUUCUGUGUUGCAGUUUUGUUUGAAACAACACUUAAGCACACUCUUUCUGUGAGUGGUAUAUUGUCUUCAAUCUAACAAGCCUGAGUACCUUGUUAGUAUAGUGACUGCCUCUUUAGGAGUAUGGGACCAGAUGUGCCCAUAUAUUUUUACCCCAUGGGUCAUUCUAGCCUAGGGACCACUAUUGGAACCCUCAGAAGUUAACUCCUGUCAUAGGAGCUUGCUUAAUGGAAACUAGUAGUGUAAUGAAAUAUUGAGGGAGUGCCCAGGGUCUUAGUAGGUUUUACAGUACCAUUUUGACUCUGGUAACUACUUCCUUCGUGUUUCUGACCCUGAUAGAGGGACUGUAAGCCCUGGCAGUAAUCUCAUUGAGGUUAUACUGCCUGCCUGAAUUUAAUCUUUGUUUUGUGUAUUUUCUUCCUGAGUUGGACCUAAAUUACUGUAUUUCUUUUUCUCAUUUUUAUUAUUGUACAGUUUCUUUACCUUUCAAGUAUAAAUGUGUAUAUAAAUGUAAAUACAAGGAAUUCACUAAAAACCACUAUUAACAAUUACUGUGUAAAUAAAACUUAUAAGCAGCGUAAUUACUUGAAAUGAGUCUUCAUUACUUUGGGGCUGUCGGUUUAUUUUACCACAUUUGGUGAAAAAAAGGAACAAACUUUUUUAUUGCCAAAUUUCUCUGACAAGGGUUGUACUGGGCUGAAGCCUCUUGAGACUGACAGUACUGGCAGCUAAAAUACUAUACUGUAUCUUCCCUUGAACCUUCCAUACAGGCAAUAUGGGAUGAGUCACACAGUAUACUAACUUUUUCUACAGUCCUCAAGGUGGUGUCAAAUUUAAUAUGAUGUUUCAUUUGUCUCUUUAACAUAUAUAUAUUUGUUACUUCAUUGUUCUUUUAGCCCUGGUCUGUGUUGUGUUACUUAAGUGCUACUAGAAAAUUCCAAUAACUAGCAUAGCUUUUUAAAGGCACAGAACGUAAUCAUAGUUUUUGCUGGUUUCUUUUAUAUUGAUGACCUUCAUAUAAUGUUAAUGAUUGAGUAAAUUUGACUUUACAAAAGUUAGUUAGCAUUUGCAAAAGGGCAUUGAAGUUUUCAAAGCCUCUGAUUUC